GAGUCCCGGAAACGUGUGCACUGUAACCCUGUCUACUGUCUUCACCUUUUGGUUUAUUAUUUAAAUAUACAAGGACCUGUUUUCACAGCUCUCAAUAACAACUCGCUUAACGGAAGAGUGAAGAAGCAGCUCUGGGGCAGAGCUAAUUCUACUGCCAGUGAGAGACUCACAAAACACGCUGCCAACGAUUUACCAUCAGGGCUGAGGAAAGAGAAGUCUGCUGUGCUGAUAGCGGAUGGGAUGGCGGACAGGGAGGAGAGGAAGUUUGCGGAGGUCCCACGCGACUCUGUGAAGCUGAUGGCGGAGAGUGUGGGGGUGGAGCUCAGUGAUGACAUCGCCGCCAUGCUCGCUGAGGACGUGUGUUACCGGCUCAGGGAGGCGGCACAGAACAGCUCCCAGUUCAUGAGGCACGCUAAGCGACGCAGGCUGACAGUGGAGGAUUUCAACAGAGCUCUGCGCUGGAGCAAUGUGGAGGCAGUGUGUGGGUACGGUUCUCAGGAUGCGCUGCCCUUCCGACCCCUCAAGGAGGGUGAGCUGUACUUCGUGGAGGAUCGAGAGAUCAACCUGGUGGAGCUGGCUCUGGCCACCAACAUCCCCAAGGGCUGUGCAGAGACCAUGGUGCGAGUUCAAGUUUCCUAUUUGGAUGGGAAAGGGAACGUGGAACCCCAAGGCGCAGUGCCCACGGCAGUGCAGUCUCUGACGGACGACCUCCUCAAGUAUUACCAGCAGGUCACCAGGGCCAUACUGGGAGAAGACCAGCAGCUCAUGAAGGUUGCAUUACAGGAUCUUCAGACAAACUCCAAAAUCGCAGCUCUGCUCCCUUACUUUGUGCACGUUGUCAGUGGGGUGAAGUCCGUGAGCCACGACCUUGAGCAGCUCAGCCGCUUGCUGCACAUGGUGAAGAGCCUGGUGCAGAACCCCUUCCUGUACCUGGGCUCCUAUAUCAAGAGCCUGGUGUCCAGCGUCAUGUACUGCAUCCUGGAGCCGCUCGCCGCCUCCAUCAACCCGCUCAACGACCACUGGACCCUGCGCGACUAUGCCGCAUUGCUGCUCAGCCACAUCUUCUGGGCUCACGGGGACCUGGUCGGGGGGCUGUAUCACCAGAUCCUGCUCUCACUUCAGAAGGUGCUGUCAGACCCGGUGCGGCCACUGUGCUCUCACUACGGUGCUGUGGUGGGGCUGCACGCGCUGGGCUGGAAGGCAGUGGAGCGGGUUCUGUUUCCUCACCUCUCAGCGUACUGGUCUAACCUGCAGGCAGUGCUCGAUGACGACUCCGUCUCCAACGCUCAGGUCAAAGCUGACGGGCACAAAGUCUACGGAGCCAUCCUGGUGGCGGUAGAGAAGCUGCUGAAGAUGAAGGCGCAGUCCCGGAGUGUGCCAGCAGAGGGCAGUGUGGCUGUCAGGGAGAGGUCCUUCCCUGGGCUCAGCCCUCCCCAGGAGCCGGUCUCCGAGCCUGGCUUCGGCAUCGCCUCCCACCUGCUGCAGGGCGCGGCCGGCGUGCCCGCGGAGGAGCCGGUGCCCGUGCCGCUGCCCGUCAUGUACCGCGAGCUCUACGCCUUCUUCGGGGACAGCCUAGCCGUGCGCUUCAGCACCGGUCCGGGCAUCGAACCCAGAGCCAGCCGCGCAGCACCCCACCAGCCCCCCGACAGCAAGAAAGAGGGGAUGGGGCCCGACACUACCAGGAAGAUGCCCCAGCUCACCGCCAGCAUGACCAUCAGCCCCCGGCAGGACAGCAGCCCCAAGAACGAGCCCAGCCUGCCGGCAGUGCAGAACAGCUCUGCUGCCCCCUCCAGGUUCCAGCGCUCGUCCUCCUCCUCUCUCCAGAGAUCCAAGCCCCCCCCCUCCAAGGCUGCUCAGCGCUCCGCAGGGCCCCCCCGUGAGGUCUUCCAGAAGAGCCGCUUCCCCCUGCCCCCUGCCGCGGCCCCCUUUUCCUUCCUCAUAGCGGGCAGGCAGACCGGCCGGCGCUGCCAGGGCCGGCGCUUCCAGACCAGCUUCCCCCAGCUGCACCCCCCCAACCCCUCUGCACAGCCCCCCCGUGGGUACGCACACAAGCUGCCCGUCAUCGGACGCAUGGGCAAGCCCGUCAAGAGGUGGGUGUGCUCCCAGUACUCCCUGCACCUGCCUCUGUGAGAGAGACCAGCCAGACAGAGACCAGCCACAGAGAGAGACCAGCCACAGAGACAGAGAGAUGGAGAGAGAGACCAGUCAGAGACCACCCUGAGAGAGAGAGAGACCAACCAGAGAGAGAGAGAGACCAGCCACAGAGAGAGAGACUAACCAGAGAGACCAGAUCUCACUAAAAACUCAGCCUGCCUUGAGUAUCUGGUUAAGAGUUGGCUCUGCUCCCAGCACUCCCUGCACCGCACUGGAAAUAUACAGAGAAACUGCCAGGGCAGGGACGAUAUGUAAGAAGCAACUGGCAUGCAGAUCUUUUUGUAUUAGUUUUUGUUUUGCUGUUGUGGUUAUUUUUGUACUAAUGCAUCUUGUAGACAUUAUUUUUGGAUAAUGAGUUUUGUAAGUCUGUGUAUAGUUUUCUUUUCCAUAGCUGAUAAAUGAAAGAAAAAGGGUAAAAUAAUACCAAAAAAACUUUCA